AUGGCACACAACGCCGGCCGCAGGCCCUCCGCCGCCGUGAACCGCCACCAUCCGCCACUGCCCAUCCACCCCCUCCCAGGUCCCGCCUUGGCCCCACCCACAACCGUCCAGGACAUAUCCGCCCGCUUCUCGAAGCUCCGGGCGAAUCACAAGAAGCUCGCUCCUCGCUCCUCCGAGCCUGGUCCGCAUCCUCAACCCGAACCAAAUUUUCCGACCUGCCGCAAAGAUCCCACCUUUUCUCCAGCUCCGGACACCUCCUGCACCACCACCCUGACAAAAUCGAGCAGCCAGAAGGAAAGAGCCAGCAGCUUCAGCACGGCCAUGGCCGCGAAAAUCGACGUGAAUGAAAAAAUGGGUUCAAGAAAAUUGUGUCCCGACAAGGGCCCAAAGAAAGAUUUGACCUUUAUCCCGUCGGAGUUGGUUUUGAGAAGCUUGGAGAAAAUCGAAGAGGUGAAGAGGGUUGAAGAAGGGGUUAAUGAGAGGUGGAGGAGAAGCUCUGUGUCUUGUAUACCGCCGGUUGUCAAUGGAGGGAGAAGAAGGUCAUUUUGCAGCUCGCAGGCUGAGCUGGCGGGUUUCUUGUCCGGCAGCGGCGUGAGGGUUGUGGCGACGGAUAUGCCGCCGUUGAUGCAGAUUCACGCCGUGGAUUGUGCGAGGAAGGCUCGUGAUAGCCUGGAGAAGUUCACCGCCAAGACUCUUGCUUUUACACUCAAAAAGGAAUUUGAUGGGGGCUAUGGACCAGCUUGGCACUGCAUAGUGGGGACAAGUUUUGGUUCAUUUGUGACACAUUCAAUGGGUGGUUUCAUGUACUUUUCUAUGGAUCACAAGCUUUACAUCCUUCUAUUCAAAACCAAUGUACAGAGGGCAGAAAAGUAA